AUGGAUCCAAUCAAAUACUUGUUUGAAAAUCCUGAGUUAACUAGAAGAAUUGUCCGCUGUCAGAUGUUAUUAUCAGAGUACGACAUCCAAUAUCGUGCCCAAAAAGCCAUCAAAGGAAGUGUUUUAGCCAACCAUCUGGCCUUUCAACCUAUUGAUGAUGAUCAAUCUUUACAAGACGACUUCCUAGAUGAAGAGAUCAUGUAUUUGAAAUCCAAAGAUUACGAAGAACCUUUACAUGGAGAAGGACCUGAUCCUGAAUCCCGAUGGGGUUUAAUAUUUGAUGGAGCUGUUAAUGCUUAUGGUAGAGGAAUUGGGGCAAUCAUUGUGAUGCCACAAGGUUCUCAUAUCAAAGGAGAAUGGGAACCUCGUCAUCCUAGUUUAAUUCCUUACAGAGAUUAUGCCCGAAGACUGCUAACCUUCUUCAACAAAGUUGAGUUCCAUCACAUACCUCGUGAGGAAAAUCAAAUGGUCGAUGCAUUGGCUACUCUAGCUUCCAUGUAUCAAGUGAAGUUUCCAAAUGAAGCUCCUCAAAUUACCAUCAUGCGCCUGGAUAGGCCGGCUCAUGUAUUCACUGUUGAAGCUAUCACUAAUGACAAGCCAUGGUUUUAUGACAUUAAAAAUUUCUUACAGAAACAAGAGUACCCACCUGGGGCAUCUAGCAAAGACAAAAGAACUUUGAGAAGAUUGUUUGGUAAUUUCUUCCUGACUGGGGAUGUGCUCUACAAAAGGAAUUUUGACAUGGUAUUUCUCAGAUGCGUGGAUAUACACGAAGCAAACCAAUUAAUGCAAAAAAUUCGUGAAGGAUCUUUUUGA